AGGGAGAAAGAAGAGAGAGGAGGGAGAAAGGGAGUGAGAGAUAGACAGAGAGACAGGUCUACCCCCCUCACUUACAUAUCACAUACACCCACACACCCUCUCUCUCUCUCUCUCUCUCACACACACACACACACACACACACACAGACGGAUCCAUUUUGAAGGUGCCGCGGUGGCCUGUCUGCUGCUGCUGCUGCUGCCUCCUCCUCCUCUUCCUCCUCCUUCUCCUGCUUUUCCUGCUCCUGCCGGGUGGCCGAGAGUGGUUGUCGCCGGAGUGCCCGGGCGGCUGGGGCAUGCCCACUAGACCGCCCGCUGGCCCGCUCACCCAAUGUUUCCCUGGAGCAAGUGGAAGAAAAGGAUGGGGGUCUCCACCUCCUCCUCCACUUCUUUCUCCUCCUCCUCGGCCUCCUCUGCCUCGGCGUCCUCCAGGAGACCCGUGUUCGACGAAAAGGAGGAUGUGAACUUUGACCACUUCCAGAUCCUCCGAGCCAUUGGGAAGGGGAGCUUUGGAAAGGUUUGCAUCGUGCAGAAGAGAGAUUCGGAGAAGAUGUACGCUAUGAAGUACAUGAACAAGCAGCAGUGUAUCGAGAGGGACGAGGUUCGCAAUGUCUUUAGAGAACUCGAGAUCCUGCAGGAAAUCGAGCACAGUUUCUUGGUGAACCUGUGGUAUUCAUUUCAGGAUGAGGAAGACAUGUUCAUGGUGGUGGAUUUGCUCCUGGGGGGUGAUUUGCGCUACCACCUGCAGCAAAACGUGCAGUUCACAGAGGAGACGGUGAAGGUUUAUAUCUGUGAGAUGGCCCUGGCCCUAGACUACCUCAGAAGCCAGCACAUCAUUCACAGAGACGUGAAGCCAGACAACAUUCUCUUGGAUGAAAAAGGACACGCCCAUCUGACAGAUUUCAACAUCGCCACAAUCAUCAGAGAUGGGGAGAGAGCCACAGCCCUGGCUGGAACCAAGCCAUAUAUGGCUCCAGAGAUUUUCCAUUCCUUUGUUAAUGGCGGGACUGGCUAUUCCUUUGAGGUUGACUGGUGGUCGCUAGGAGUCAUGGCUUAUGAACUCCUUCGGGGAUGGAGACCGUAUGACAUCCAUUCCAGCAAUCCAGUGGAAUCGUUGGUCCAGUUGUUUAGCACCAUGAGUGUCCAGUAUGUAACAACGUGGUCAAAGGAAAUGGUCGCUUUACUCAGAAAGCUCCUGACGGUGAAACCGGAGCACCGGGCGAGCAGCGUGGGAGCUGUGCAGCUGGCCCUCCAGCUCUCCGACCGCCUCUGGGAAGACCUCCGACACAAGACGCUCCAGCCCACUUUCGUCCCCAACAAAGGCCGCCUGCACUGCGACCCGACGUUUGAGCUGGAGGAGAUGAUCCUGGAGUCGCGGCCCCUGCACAAGAAGAAGAAGCGGCUGGCCAAGAACAAAUCCCGGGACAACAGCAAAGACAGCUCGCAGUCUGAAAAUGACUAUCUUCAGGAUUGCCUCGAAGCCAUCCAACAGGACUUUGUGAUUUUUAACCGAGAGAAAUUGAAGAAGAUCCAACACCCAAUGAACGAGUCCAUAUCUCCCUCCAAAGCUACCGGUGAGGCGGAGGAGGAGGCGGAGGCGGAGGCAAAGUCCGAACCCUCCCAUUUAAAUCUCUGUAGCUCAGUGUGUUCCUCUACAGGGAGCAGUUAGAAACCUCGAGGCUGGAAUGCAGAGAGGCACCCAACAGGCCAACUGGAAUAUAUUAUUCUCAGGUUGCAUUGAUAAAUAGCCCUCUAGAUACAGCCCUCAGAGUCCUCGGAUGGAAAGAGCACCAGAAGAACAUUCUCCCGCCAAAGCAGAAAUAGAAGCAUGGUUCUCGAAGAACUGAAUUCUCAGAAUUAAGCGAUUGUUGAGACUUUGGUAACCGAAGGAAGAAGGAUUCUCACUAUGCAACAUCCAAGUGAAAAUUGUGGGGUUUUAAGGUUUUUGGGGAGAUGUUUUUUGUAGAGGAACAUCUUUGGACCGGGGUGUAUUUUAAUGGGACAAAAUAAUAGAUCACACCUUUUCAUAAGUUUAUGCAGCUGAGUAAGAACAGAUGAAUUUACCUUUAGGGAAUCUAUUUUCUCAACUCAAUGGAGUCAGGAAGGGGCAGAAAAAAGUUCUUUUCCAUUGAUUCCAUUGCUAAGGCAGACGGAAUCAACUGUAACAUAUUGUUUAUUUUUUAAUGCUUGAUAUUUCCCCAGCCUAUUUUCUAACUAGACCAGGGGGUGAGUCCCCCUCUGCUCCAGCUGUAGAUAUUGCCUUUUUGACUCUUUCCGAAGCCUUUUCUACGUGAGGCCGAUUGACUAACCAUUUAGUGGCUUUGUGAUCCUCUGACUGACAUGAGUCUAACAGGCGAUUAUAGUGAUGUUCUGUCAGCCUCCUGACCACAGCGUUCGUUCAAACGUGAUUUGAAACCCACCAGCUCAUUAGCCAAAGUUGUGGAUGUCGCCAAGGUUUUGCAAAUUUCCUGUAUAUUAUUUAAAGGAAAAAAAAGGAUAAAGGAUCUUUAUACAGAUGUCUUACCUCUCAAGGCUGUCUCUGUUGUGUUUCUGGAGAUUUUUCCACCCUGGAAUGAAAUGCGAAAUGGUCCUAGGUCCUUUCAUCUGAGUUUCAGAUCCCCAUGUAGUUUUGCCUAUGAAACUGUGGAGUGGAAAUGAGAUGGAUUC